GGGCCGUGCUAACCUACAUAAAACUGAAUUUGCGCUCCCCUUCCAAAUCAUAUUACACUCUAAAGACCGGUAAUUCCAUCAUCAUCGUCGGUAAGAACCAUGCGCCAUGAUCGGACAUCAGAACAUGUCUGAAGAAAGCAAUGAGGAUUUGGGCGAGGUCCUAGGGCUCCCAGAUAACCCCGCAGAGGGAUAUGACCGGUUAGGUCAGUUCAUGGGCAACCUCCCAGAGUUCACAGCCUUCCGGCGCUUCGGCGCAUUGGGGGCGGAAGAUCUCCUGUACAGGCAAGCGGAGCUGGUCGAGCUGGAGAGGAGUCUCCGGAAAUACCAGAAGAAAGACAAAGAGUCGGCUCAUGAGGACCGUGAGCGCUAUGCCUACGACUGGGAUACGCUCCAGCUAUCAGGCAGCGAUAACGCGCCGGAAGGCAAUGAUGGGGCCCAGUUGGAGACCAUCCUGGAGAUUAGGGAAAAGUUGAAGGAGUAUUACGACGCCUUACUGCGACAUCACAAGGUUCUUGAACUUCGCCGCCCUCUGCAGGGCCAAGUACGCGCUCUCAAUGGGUGGAUGGAUAACCCAAUAAUGGGAAACAUCAUCCUCGAAGGCUCGGACCGCAAGACAUGGAGUGAACCAAACCUGGACGAUAUGGUCACCCUCAAACCCCCAUCGCCCGAGGACAGCUUUACCUCGGAGCUCACUCUACGGCUGGUCCACCGUUACAAUUCGCUCCUGGGGAGACACAUCCAUCGAGAGGAGACGGAGGAUUACCUCCAGAAUACCGUCCGCUACCGCGACGAAGGGACCUUCAGGGUUUUGAAGACGCUGGCAACGCUUGUAGCUUGCCUACUUCCGAUAGCAGGUAUCGCAGCUCUGUAUGUGAUACAGGACAUGCCGGGCCGGCUCGGAGCCACCGCCAUCUUCACAGCCUUGUUCUCAUUCUCUCUUAAUAUCAUCACGACAGCAAGCACCAAGGAUAUAUUCGGAGCCACCGCAGCUUUCGCUGCUGUUCUCGUUGUCUUUAUUGGGACAAACGACGCUUCCUGUCCCCAAGGCAAUACUUAGGCGGAAACCGUUUGUGGAAAGACUGAAGACACGUAUCCCCAGGCGGAGUGCAAAGUGUAGGGACAUUCUUUUUUGAUUGUCGGUGGAAAAUGUCUUGCAGUUUGAUGAAGAAAAAUAGCUAGAAUGAAUACCUACCUGACCGAGGAUGAGAUCUUCAUUGAUGAGAAUUAUUCGAGUGAUGCGAGGGAACCCCACGUCUUGGCCGGUGCCUAUCCAUGCACAGGGUUCGUGUGUUGCUAAUCCUAGGCGAAGUAGACAGCGUCUCGCUGAAGUGCAACAAUAC